UUCUUUUACUUGUCAAAUUUGGUUGAUGAGGUUAGUAGUUUCGUAAAAUACCACAUUUUACUGUAUUUUGAGCCAUUCCAAAUAAAUCCCAAAAUGCAGUUGCACAUCAGAGGACAGUCGACGCACGUCUUGGACGUCAAUGGAGAAGAGUCCAUUGCUCAGAUCAAGGACCGUCUCCGUGCUCUCGCCGGAGUUGAGGAUGAGGACCUGACCCUCUCCCUCUGCGGUGCUCCCCUUGAGGACUCGUGCUUGGUAUCAGAACUUUCGUCCUCAGAAUUGGACCUGACCGUUCCACUGCUUGGUGGUAAAGUGCACGGUUCCUUGGCUCGUGCCGGUAAGGUCAAAGGUCAGACCCCCAAAGUGGAGAAACAGCAAAAGAAGAAGAAGAAGACUGGCCGUGCCAAGCGUAGGAUCCAGUACAACAGAAGAUUCGUCAAUGUUGUGCAGACCUUCGGCCGUCGCCGUGGACCCAACUCCAACUCGUAGGUUUAUUAUUUGUAAAUAAUAUGCAAAUAUAACAUCUUAUUUGCCCAAA